AUGCGUUCCUCUAUAUUUGCGGGAUUGGUUGGUGUGUCUGCUGUUGGUGCUGUCAAGCCUGUGGUGGAUGUGAGCUACUCCAAGUACCAAGGUGUUUCGCUUGAGAAUGGCAUUACACAGUGGUUGGGUGUGCGGUAUGCUGCCCCUCCGGUCGGCAAUUUGAGAUUCGCUGCGCCGGUUGAUCCGGUCAAGAACAAGACUACCAUUGUUGCUGAUACUGUGAGUGUUUAUCUAUGGAUGAAGGUUGUAUCUUCCUUGCUAACGAGCUCAUUCCGCAGUNUCGGAAACAUCUGUCUAGGCACCGGUUCUGCACCGAGCAACACUUCAUCGGAGGAUUGUCUGUUCAUGAACAUUUACGCUCCUUCGAAUGCCACUUCGGACCACCCACUCCCCGUCUACUUCUUCAUCCAGGGCGGUGGCUUCAACUCAAACUCAAACCCCAAUUACAAUGGCACUGGCUUGAUUGAAGCAAGCAACCACAACAUUGUCGUCGUAAACUUCAACUACCGCGUUGGUCCCUAUGGCUUCCUUGCCUCUGAUGAGAUUGUCAAGGGAGGCAGCAUCAACAACGGUCUCAAGGAUCAAAUCAAGGCUCUGCAGUGGCUGCAAAAGAACAUUCGCAAGUUUGGCGGUGACCCCAACCAUGUGGUCAUUGGCGGCGCAUCUGCAGGUGCUGCUUCCGUCACUCUUCUACUUACUGCACACAAUGGUCGCAACGAUAACCUCUUCCAUGCCUCGGCCGCAGAGUCUCAAUCUUUUGCUGCCGUUCGCAGUAUCAAUGAGUCGCAAUUCAUGUACGACAACCUGGUCAUCCGCACCGGCUGCACAACCUCCAAGGAUACACUUGCUUGUCUACGCGGUCUCAAUGCCACUUACCUUCAAACCAAAAACAUCAACACGCCUUUCUCUGGUGCUGAAGGUGCGCCGCUAUACAUGUACGGUCCCACGCUCGACGGCGACGUCGUCAGCGAUUUGACCAUGUCCGCCUACCGCAAAGGCAAUUUCAUCAAACUCCCCGCCAUCUACGGCGACGACACCAAUGAAGGCACCGUCUUCGUCCCCGUCAACACUUCAUCCCUCGGCGAAAGCAACACCUUCCUCAAAAACCAGUUCCCCUUACUCACAACCGAUCAAAUCCGCAACAUCAAUGCUUUGUAUCCCAACAAUGCUUCCAACCAAUUCCCAAACUCGGGGGCUUGGUGGAGGCAAGCGUCCGAUCAGUACGGCGAGCUACGCUACAACUGCCCAGGCAUCAACAUCUCAGACAUUUACGCCGCAAAGUUCAACCGCAAAGACAUUUACAACUACCACUGGGAUGUCGUCGAUCCCGUUUCCGCAGCCGCCGGUCGCGGGGUCACACACACGGUCGAAGUCAACGCCAUCUGGGGACCUGAGAAUGUGAGGGGUAAUGCACCUGCCUCUUACAGUACUGUCAAUGCGGCUAUUGUGCCUGUGACACAGGCCUAUUGGACUUCGUUCAUCAGAAGCUUCAAUCCCAACACGUAUAGAUUAAAGGGCAGUCCAGAGUGGCAGGCUUGGACACAGGGACAAAAGCAACGGUUGCAUUUUGUUACUAAUGCUACGGCGAUGGAGAAUGUGGAUGAGGUGCAGAAGCAGAGGUGUGCAUAUCUCAGCAGCAUCGCUGUGGAUCUCAAGCAAUAG